AUGAAAGUGGUGCGACAUACGAGAGCCGCGCACAGUAUGGAUGAGAGCAAUGAGCGAUCCACACGCAAAAUGAGCGCAGAAGCCGUUUCUCGAAAAUCUUCAUUCGUCAACAGUCGACUGCUGAAUCGUUCGAAGCAACACGCCGGAUUGAACGGAAGCGAUGACGCGGAAUGUCGCAGCAACGACAGUUCAUUGAGCGUUCGCGAUUUCUCGCAGUUCGAUGAACCAAGCUGCUCGGAACCUGACGACGGCGGGACGCGCCGAGCACGGUCGGUGACCUCGUCGAGAAUCUCGCUAUUCUUUGGCAAAGAGAAAAACGAGAUGAUCAACCGGCUGAAUGCGCUCAAAGAGGAACGCGAGAGCGAGUUUCCGAGCUACAAAUUGGAAAAAGAUUGGCGAAUGAUUGUGAAUGAUCACCAGAACUUUUCUGAAAAGUGUAUCAAACAGCAGGAAGCCAUUUGGGAGAUUAUUGCAACCGAACACAGAUAUAUUAAGAUUAGAGCUUGGGUGUUUAAGAACAUGAGCGAUUUACGCGAUUUUCAGCUCCUACGUUAUCUCGUCGAUCUCUCAAUCUACCUCCAACAACUGCAAUACAGUGGAUAUCUCAAAGAUAUUGAGCAUCGCUUGGUGUUCAUCAAUGUUCGCGAGCUUCUUCACGUGAAUGUGUCAACACUCUGGAAGUGCUCAAUUGAGCCAAUCCUCGAAAAUUCGAGAGCUACUGGCGAGCCACUAGACGUUCGCCAAUUAUGGAAUGGCUUCAAGGAUAUUGGAGAAUGGUCCAAGUGCUAUCUGGCGUUCAAUUUGUCUCAUGGAGAAUCUCAUGCUUAUGUGCAAAAAAGGACAAAGGACCAUGAAAUGUUCCGUGAAUUCGUGACCUGGGCCGAAGCACAGGAAAAUCUAGACCGUCAAAAGCUUUGCGACACGUUAUCGCAGCCGAUGCAAAGACUCACAAGAUACAAUUUAUUACUCAAGGCGCUCCUAAAAGUGACGACGAACGAGGAUGAGCGCGAGCUCGUCGACGACAUGAUCGACAGAGCUGAAAAUGCGACGAAGCAACUCAAUUUCGAAAUGAACAACAACGAUUUGAGAUUGCAACUCAGCGAUAUCAUGCGAUCAAUUGAAGGAUAUGAUUGUGUAGAUUCGGAUGAACUAGAGAAGUUGUUCCGCUAUCGUAUGAUGCUGAAUCUCACCGAAUGCAUGCCGCUACUUCCUCAUAACACGCCAACAUAUCGCACCAUUUUUCAUAAGGGAGACGUCCGAAUGAGCGAAUCUCGGAAAGGCUCAAAACUUGAUGUUCAUUGCAUCAUUUUCACUGAUAUGUUCCUUAUUUGUCGACGAAUUCAAGGCAAAAAGGAUCGAAUGAAGAUUAUCAAACCGCCAAUUCAUAUUGCCAGAAUUGUGUAUCAUCCAUUCUUAGAAGCUAAUGGGUUUUACGUGAUCAGUAUGACGGAAUUUCGAACGCCGGCUAGUUUGUACAUGAUGUAUACUAGCGGCGUCGAAGAAACUCAACGCUGGUUGGAAAUGCUGAAAAUGGCUGAGGACGAGUACAAACGACUUUAUCGGGGAUCAUGGUCUCCAAACGAGUACGACAAUUCGGUCGAAGAUUACGGUAGAGGAUUCAUGGGAGACCACAAUUUUUCGCCUUAUCGCGAUGGAAUGCGAAUGAUGCCACCGGGAGCUCGUCUUCCAAUCGUUCACAGAAAAUGUAGUAGCAUGGACUCGCAAGCAGUUGCAGCUCAUGCUCACUUGAAUUACAUGCACCGUAGUUCGGCGGUUUCUUCCACUGAGCAGCUUGAUCGUCAUUCGAGCACAGAUUCCAAAAACACACCGCCUCGUCAUAAGCUGAGCGUCGCCAGUUGUGUCGCCAAUCCGUUAUCAUCCAGCAAGAGCUCAGUCGAUUUGUAUGUCUCUCUUGGAGCCGAAAAUGGGGAGCGACCAAGAUCUCGCUCGAAUUCUUCGGGUCCAGACAUUGACGGCCUCAAAGAAAGGUCUAGAAGUUCCUCGCCUGUGCGAAAAGAAAAUAAUAGCAACUGUGGAGAAGAUAGUCCAGUUACUUCAACACCAUGCCGUGAUUCGCCGACGUUAUUGAUCACUUCUGAAGAUACCAUAGAGACGCCACACUCUGGAAGACGUUUCGAGAAACGUUACCAUACCGCUGACGGAAUCGAUGUUUUAAAACCGAAAUCAUCUAUGCUAUCCGGCGCGAUUCUCAAAAGAUUGUCAUGGAACGUCAGCUCUGCCGUCGGAGGGAGCAGUAGGAAACGAUUAGAGAACUCCCGACGAAGCUCGCAUGCUUCAACUGCUGCCAGCAUGGAUUCCUUUGGAAGUUCCACUUCAGGAAUCUCUUCAGCAUCAUCGUGCAAUAACGACGCGGCUGGAAACGGAGAUUCCAUGACGCUGAAACCUUCUCAUAUUUCCACAAUUGCCAUCAACGAUUCUCCAACCGAACCUCAGUCAACAUUAAGUAUUAGUUUAGAAGCCGCACCAUCCGUAGUAGAUGAGAAGGAGGAAGAAGGAGCGGCUUCUGUUGUCGCACCACCUCCACCUGAGCUUCCGCCACCCAGCUCAACACCUUCACCAAACACAUCAGAUUCAUCGAAAAAUUCAAAACAUCAAGAGCUUCUUAAGUUCAUAAUGGAUAACCAUUUAGAAACCUCGUAA